AUGAUCAUCCCGGUACGCUGCUUCACCUGCGGGAAGAUCGUCGGCAACAAAUGGGAAGCCUAUCUGGGUCUGCUGCAGGCCGAGUACACCGAGGGGGAUGCCCUGGACGCUCUGGGCCUGAAGCGCUACUGCUGCCGCCGCAUGCUGCUAGCACACGUGGACCUGAUUGAAAAACUGCUAAACUACGCUCCGCUGGAGAAAUGACUGCCAGAGCUCACCCUCCUCCUCUCCUGGCCCUGGGCAGUCUUUCAUGCUGAAUUCAAACUGAGGUG